GCGGACGGCACGUCGUAUAGGAAGUAUCGCUCUUUUCUCAAUCUUCGUCUUCCUCAAUUCUCCUGUCUCCGAUUUUCUCCAUUCAUCGUUUCUCUGCACAACUCCAGGGUUUGAUCAAUGAAUCGGGAAGUGCAGCUGGAACCAGUAGUAGUAGGGGAACGGGAACCGAAUGAUCCUAGUGACUUGGACCCUCUGCUACAGAGCAGCCACGACGACGACGACGAGUCGUCGGCUCCGGCGAGCUCCAGUGAGAUUAGAAAUGAAGACAUUGAGAAUGGCUCCUCUGUUGCUUGUUGUCGCAUUUGCCUCGAAAGCGAUUCCGAUGCAGGUGAUGAGUUGAUAUCGCCGUGCUUGUGCAAAGGCACCCAGCAGUUUGUGCACAUAUCCUGUCUUGAUCACUGGCGCUCGGUUAAGGAAGGAUUUGCUUUCUCGCACUGCACCACUUGCAAAGCCCAAUUUCAUCUUCGAGUUGAAUCGUAUGAGGACAACACUUGGCGUAAAAUGAAAUUCAGAAUUUUUGUGGCAAGGGAUGUUAUACUUGUAUUUGUGGCUGUACAAACAGUAAUUGCCGCAAUUGGUGGCUUUGCAUAUCUGAUGGACAAAGAUGGUGGCUUCAGGAAUUCGUUCAGUGAUGGUUGGGAUCGUAUCUUGUCAAAGCACCCUAUACCAUUUUACUAUUGCAUAGGUGUCAUUGCCUUUUUUGUGCUGCUUGGAUUUUUUGGGCUUAUAGUACACUGUUCAUCUUUCAAUAGCAAUGACCCACGGAUGGCUGGCUGCCAGAACUGUUGUUAUGGAUGGGGAAUAUUGGAUUGUUUCCCUGCGUCUAUGGAGGCAUGCUUUGCCCUGGUUAUUGUUUUUGUUGUCAUCUUUGCUAUUCUUGGCAUAGCUUAUGGUUUCCUGGCUGCUACUAUGGCUAUUCAGAGAAUCUGGCAGAGACAUUACCAUAUCCUGACCAAAAAGGAACUCACAAAGGAGUACGUAGUGGAGGAUCUUCAUGGUUGUUAUACCCCACCAAAGUUGGAUCCUGAACAUGAAGAGCGUCUGAAAAUGCUCAAGUUACUGUAGUGAUAGACGAGGAGUUUCAAAUUGCCUUUCGAGUGUUUAAUGUAUCAGAAUUUGACAUCCCUGAUGUAUACUUAUGCUUGGUAAGAGUAACAUUAUAAAGGAACAUCUCUCCAAAAAAAAAAAACAUUAUAAAGGAGCAUACAAGGGAAAGGAUAGUCUCACUUGUAUUCAUUAAAAUGUCAUCCUGCUCUAGGAAACUGACCAACAGUGGUCAUAAAUGACGUUUUUGGGAGAGAAGUGUCCUAUAGUAACCGCAAGGCUGUAAAUUGUGUUGGUCUCGUCAAAAUCUGGAAAAUGAUAUUCAAGCCUCAAACUAGUUGUACAAUUUUGAGGCGUAGCUCGUUCUACUGCUUUAAUUUUUACAUAGUUGUACAUUAUAGUGUAUCAUCUGAAAUGUAAUUUCGUAGCAGGAACAAAGUUGGAGAUAUUUACACUUUACACAACUUCAGUUGAGCAGUGUUGCCAAGCCCGUGGCAAUGGUACAUUUGGGCUGACCAUGACACCUCUAAAACAACCGUCGUGGAAUAUGUUGUCGGUAAAGAGUUCAGAUUAGUACAACGACUUUACUGGGGUGAUUGUCGCCAAGAAGUUUUCUCUUGGGACAAAACUACGUACAUUUGCUGUAAGAAUGGUUUUUGCACAUCCAAGCGUAGGAAGAGAGAUUCAAAUAU